GUCUAAACUGGUUAAGUGCGCUGUGGAAAAAAAUUGCAGUGGAGGAUAUUGUGUGAAAAAAUCUCAAUUUCCUGCGAAAAUACGGGUGAUUACGCAGCAAAUUAAUUGGAAAAGUGUUAAACAAUACUUUGAGUGUGUGAAAACGCAAAAAGUUUUUGUGUGAAUUGAGUGAGGAGAUGUUUAUUGUUUUCUGAUAGCUGAAGCUAAACUGAAACACUGUGAUCAUGGGCAGAAAGAAGAAGAAGGCGUCCAAACCCUGGUGCUGGUACUGCAAUCGUGAGUUCGAUGAUGACAAGAUCCUGGUGCAGCAUCAAAAGGCGAAGCACUUUAAGUGCCACAUUUGCCAUAAGAAAUUAUACACAGGACCCGGAUUGUCUAUACACUGCAUGCAGGUCCACAAGGAGACAAUUGAUAAGGUGCCCAAUUCCCUGCCAAAUCGAUCAAAUAUUGAGAUCGAGAUCUAUGGGAUGGAAGGAAUUCCAGCUGAGGAUAUCCGUGAGCACGAGAGAGCAAAGAAUGGCAACAAAAGUGACUCAGACGAUGAUGAACCGACAGUUAAGAAAUCCAAACCGGAUGGAGGAGGUGGAAUGGGAUCUGGUGGAGGAAUGCCUGUGAUGCCCAAUAUGAUGCCACCGCAUUUGCUCAGUCAGUAUGGACAGGUGGGUCCGAUGUUGGGGCAUAUGGGACCCAUUCCCACAGCUGCGUACAUGAAUCAUGGCGCUGGGAUGCCAAUGAUGAAUCCUCACAUGUUGGGUUCACCUGCCAGACCACUGUUUCCCUCGGUAUCGCAUCCGGGCAACACGCUGACACCGUCAAUGCCCGCCAAACCAACUUUCCCAGCCUACAGUAAUGCAACCAUCAGUGCUCCCCCAACUACAAAUACAGCUGGAAAUGUUAAUGCUCCAGCGAGUGCAGAUCCUUACAAGCCACCUUCCAUGAUUCCCACAUCGGGAACAACGUCAAAAAUAAUGCAUCCGGCGGAGGAUUUGAGUUUGGAGGAGUUAAGGGCACGAAAGCCCAAAUAUGAGCGCAAAGUUGUGGCAUCUUCGAGUAUUGGGAGUGGGAGUGUUCCGGGCAAGCCGGUCCAUCAUAUAAAUUCACCUGCAACAUCUGUCACCCUUCAAAUGAGCAGCAGUUAUGCCCCGACGACAACAAGUGCUCCCGCAAUUGUGUCAUUUCCCGAGCACGCGGCCGCAGUGGCUGCCCAUGCAGCUGCUACACAACAAAAACAAUUGGAAGACUUGAAUAGGGCGGUGAUGAUGCAAAGAUUCCAGGCGGCAAGGCAACCUGGCCCUCCCUUGGGAAUGGUGCCUGUGGUUUCUAGUCCGAUGAACCUGGUACCGCCAAUGAUGAGACCAGCUAUGAAUUUUCCGCCCCAAACUGCCGCACUUCUAGGAAGCAAUAUGAUGAGAUCUCCAUCACCUGCCCUUGGAAUUCCCGGAGCAGGCACAGGAACAGUUCAUUUUGGAAAAAAUCUUCACAUGCGAGGACUACAUUCUUUCUCCACAGCAGCAGGUUUAAUUGCACCAAUUCCCGGAAUUGUUCCACCGGGAAUGGGUGUUAUGAUUCCGGGGCCUCCGAUGCUUCCGAUGAUGCCACCGAGAUUUCGGUGAUCUCCCCAGGCUGGGCCGCUACGCUUGGCUCCCGUAAUCCAUCUUCCUGUGCCUGUGGUGUAUCCUUAAAAGUAAGUUGUGCACACUUUUUCGUAUUUUAAAUUGUUUGAAAUUGUUGAUUUGUGAAUUUUCACUUUGUUAGUACCUCUGAUUGAUAAUAUGAAGAAGGCUAAAAUAAACAUCACGAGGAUAA